AUGAGUUGCCUAGCCUGGAACUGUCGUGGGCUUGGGAACCUACGUACAGGGAGAGAGCUUGUGGAGUUGACACGGGCAAAAGAUCCCUCUGUAGUGUUUGUGGCUGAGACACUUACAGAUGAUGCAAGGCUGGAGAUUGUACAAAGAAGCAUGGAUUAUGAUCAUAGAUGGGUGGUUCCACGGGAGGGUAGAGGUGGUGGCUUGGCUUUGUUUUGGAAGUCUUCAAUAAAUCUGUCAGUAGUGGGGUCGUGCAAAUAUUAUAUUGAUGCUAUCGUAGAUGGGGGUUCCGAAAAUGAAUGGAGGCUAACCGGAUUCUAUGGUGAGCCUGAUACAGUAAGAAGAUCAGAGGCAUGGGAUAAGCUCAGGUAUUUCAAUUCUCAAUCUGAAGUACCUUGGUUAUGCUUUGGGGAUUUUAAUGAGAUAAUUAAACAAGAUGAAAAGGUGGGAGGAGCUCUAAGACCCCAUAAUCAAAUGCAGUUGUUUAGAGAAGUGUUAGACGAAUGUGGGUUUAUGGAUUUGGGGUAUGUGGGACCAAAAUUCACAUGGGCUAGACAUUAUGAUAAUGGUAACUCAAUAUGGGAGAGACUAGACCGGGGUUUGGCCACUAAUAAUUGGUUUCUAAAAUUUCCUGGUACAAGGGUUCACAAUUUAAGGUGUGAUUCUUCGGAUCACAACCCAAUCCUCAUCGUGUUCUCAGGAUUGGAUCCUCCUAAAAGGAAGAAAGUGUUUAGGUUUGAAGAAAUGUGGUUGUCAAAUCCGGGGUGUUCUGAAAUUGUUGAAGCAGUGUGGAAUAGGUGUGAUAAUGAAUCUUUGGAAGGGAUUGAGAAGAAUGUGUUUGGGAAUGUAAGAAGGGAGUUGGAAAAAUUGAAAAAACUUCUACCCAAGGCUGAGGAGGAGGCAAUUCUUAGGGGUGACAAUACUAGAAUUAGAGAACUAAGAAAGGAAAUUGAAGAAUGGCGGGAUAAGGAGGCGACAAUGUGGGCACAAAGAUCAAGAGUUUUAUGGGCAAGACAGGGGGAUAAAAAUUCAAGGUACUUUCAUAGUUGUGCUACAAAAAGGUACCGAAAAAAUUUGAUUGAAGGUAUGAGAGAUGAAGAAGGUGCAUGGAAGACCAACCCGGAAGAAUUUACAGAAAUUCUUGUAAGCUACUACCAUUCACUUUUCAACUCCACGGGUCAGUUGGAUUCUUCACAGGUAUGGGAGUGUGUACCUAGGGUGAUUACUGAUGAGAUGAAUGCCCUAUUAUGCAAGAAAUUUGAAGUACAUGAAGUAGAAGUGGCUUUGAAUCAAAUGGUUCCCCUCAAAGCCCCUGGUCCAGACGGAAUGCCACCUCUUUUCUACCAACACUUUUGGGGAACCGUUAAUCAUGAUGUUACUGCCUCCAUCCUCAUGUGGCUAAAUUCAGUUAAACUUGACAUGAGUAAGGCCUAUGAUAGGGUGGAAUGGCCUUUUUUGGAGGGUAUAAUGAGGAGGAUGGGUUUCAAUGAAGGAUGGAUAAAUCUGAUUAUGUUGUGUGUUAAAACUGUUACAUACUCGGUGUUGGUGAAUGGAGAACCUUGUGGUAUGAUUCACCCUACAAGGGGCAUUAGGCAAGGCGACCCCAUUUCCCCUUUCCUCUUUUUGCUGUGCACUGAAGGGUUGAAUGGGUUGCUCAAAAAAGCAGAAGGGAAUGGGGAUAUUCAUGGUUUCUCCCUCUGUAGAAGAGGCCCAAAACUAACACAUUUGCUUUUUGCAGAUGAUAGUCUUCUUUUUUGCAGGGCAACAAUGGAGGAGUGUGGCAAAGUAUUGGAGAUUUUAAAUGCCUAUGAGUUUGCUUCUGGCCAAAAAAUAAAUAGAAGCAAGACAGCAUUGUUUUUCAGCAAAUCAACCAAUGAAGUCUUAAAGGAGCAAAUUAAAGAGGCAUGGGGUGUACCAGAAAUUAUGCAAUAUGAGAAGUACUUGGGUCUACCAUCCUUUGUGGGGAAAAGGAAAAAAGCAAGUUUCAAUUACAUUAAGGAGCGUGUGUGGAGAAAACUUCAAGGAUGGGAAGGGAAGUUACUUUCACAAGCCGGUAGGGAGGUAUUGAUAAAAUCCGUUAUCCAAGCCAUCCCCACAUACACCAUGGGAUGCUUCAAAAUUCCAAUCGGUCUGUGCAAUGAAAUUGAGACCAUGAUUAAAAAAUUUUGGUGGGGACAACGUGGAGAUCGAAGGAAGAUACAUUGGGUCAAGUGGGAUGAGUUGACUAAAGCCAAAGGAGUGGGUGGCAUGGGCUUUAGAGACUUAGCAAAAUUCAAUGACUCUCUAUUAGCAAAGCAAGCGUGGAGGCUCUUGCAUAAUCAUAAUUCCCUUUUCUACAAAGUGUUCAAGGCGCGGUUUUUUCCAAAUUCAACCAUUAUGGAGGCCAAGGAAUCAAGGAUGGGGUCUUAUGCUUGGAGGAGCAUACUUGUAGGGAGGGAUGUCAUUCGAAGGGGAGCUAGAUGGAGAGUCGGUGAUGGAAAAAAAAUUCGAAUUUGGCAAGAUCAUUGGCUGCCAAGAAAACAUCCACCACAAGUACUUUCUUCUCCCUUGACAGAUUUUGAAAACUCUAGAGUUGAUAUUCUUAUAGACCCAAGUACGAGAAGGUGGGAUGAAGAGAUGCUACACGGUCUGUUCAGUGCAGAGGAGGCAGAGCUAAUCAAGACCAUCCCCUUAAGUAGUGGAGCUUCCGAAGAUAUCCUAUAUUGGCCUCACUCAAGCAAUGGUCACUAUAGUUGCAAGACCGGUUAUAAAUUCUUAAAAAUGGAUGAGGAGCUGCCUGCUGCACCACAAGUCUCUGUGAAUGAAGAGAAGAAACUGUGGAAUGGAAUAUGGUCACUCCGAAUUCCCCCCAAGGUGAAAACACUGCUUUGGCGUGCAUGCCGUGAAGCUAUGCCGACGAAGAAGGCACUAUUCCGUCGAACUAUUGCAACGGACUCAGACUGUGUUAGAUGUCACGGCCAUGAUGAAGACUCAUUGCAUGCUAUGUGGUCCUGCCCAAAACUAGACACGGUGUGGUCGAACUUGGAGCUUUGGAAUUGCAGGUGUGAUGUUCAGUUCAUGACCUUCAAGGAGCUGCUGUCGUGGUUAAUUGCAAACAACCAUCAAACAGAGGUCUUUGCUGUAACGGCUUGGACAAUCUGGAACCAGCGGAACCGGGUUCGUCUCAACCAACCGGCGGACUCACUUCACCAAAUCCCUCAGAUUUCAAAGUCUUGGCUAGCCGAAUAUCAAGCUCGGCAACUUCCUGUGACUAUUCCAGUGCAGCAGAACCGGAAUACCAGAACUUUUUGGAGGCCACCACCAUCGGAGCUUUUCAAAAUAAAUUUCGAUGGCGCCGUCUUCAAACAUGAAAAGAAGUCCGGCAUUGGAGUCGUUAUAAGAGAUCACCAGGGCUCUGUGAUUGCCUCAUGCUCAAAACCGGUGCACCAGGAGCUAGGCAGUGAGGAUGUUGAGGCAAAGGCUGCGGCAUGGGCUCUGUUUUUUGCUUCGGACGUGGGGGUGAAAAGGGUAGUACUUGAGGGUGAUUCUUUGUCUGUUAUCAAAGGGUUAAUGGGGGAAGGAAGGCUGCUAACUCCAAUGGGAUUGAUCAUUGAGGAGGCCAAAAAUUUAUCUAGACAUUUUGAAGAAUUACAUUACUCUCAUGUUAAGAGGGAUUGUAAUAUUUUAGCUCAUAAUCUGGCUAGACAUGCCGUUGGCAUACCGGAUUUGUUAGUUUGGAUGGAGGAUAUUCCUUCACAUUUUCAUGAUGUACUUCAAGCCGAUUUAUUAGGCUUAUCUGAAUAA